AUGCAGAUCUUUGUUAAGACCCUCACCGGCAAGACCAUCACUCUCAAGGUUGAGUCCUCGGACACCAUUGACAACGUCAAGGCUAAGAUCCAGGACAACGAAGGCAUUCCUCCGGACCAGCAGAGGCUCAUAUUUGCUGGCAAGCAGCUUGAGGUUGGUCGCACCCUUGCUAACUACAACAUUCAGAAGGAGUCAACCCUCCACUUUGUCCUCAGGCUCAGGGGAGGCAUGUAG